GAUUUUAGCUACUUAUCUUAUGCAGUUAUCAUGGAAAUUGACCAAAAUGUCAAAAAUUGUCCACAAAAACCAAAGUGAGAAACUUUUUAAAUAUUAUUAAUAUUAUUACAAUUUUUAUGUACCUAUAAAAUAUUGAUACAUAUUUUGUUUUAUAUUUACAUUGUAUAUGAUCUUAAUAGGUAAUAAGGUACCUGGCCACCCUGGUUAUUACUUAAUAUUUUAAAAUAUGCAAUGAACAAUAUUGGGUACAUACCUAUUUAAAUUGUUCUGAAAGAACAGCAUUCUUUUUUGGGCUAGAAUUUAUUCUAUAUACAUUUUUUUCAGGUUAUAGAUGUUUAGGGUUUUAAGAAAAUGAUUAGACAUUAUAAUUAAUCAAAUAUUAUUAAGUAAUAAUCAUCAAGUUAAUCAUAAUAUUUAACGUAAAAAAAUGUAUAGGUAUGUUAAUUCCUUUUUUAUUUUUUUUUAACAGUUAUAACAAAUAUAUUAAACUUUGCACACUUUUAGUUCCAUUCUGAGUUUAGCAAAGAAUAUAUUGGUUUUACAAAGAUGUUUAUUUGUUUUAUAAUUCAUAUUAAUAAUAUGUUAAUAAUUCAUUUUUCUCCUCAAAACUUAACUUAGAUGUCUGUUCAUUAGAGUUAUUAUUUGUUAAGAUUAAAAUGAAUUCAAAAAUAAAAUUAAUACUUAGUCGUGUAUAACCCUCCAAGUUCUAGUUCAUCUUUAUACCAAGAUUAUUUCAAUAUUAUAGAUUAUAUAUUUUUAUUAUAUCCAUAUAAUUUUACUAUUUUACUAUUUGGUGACUUUAACCUUCCCAAUCUUAAUGAUGCAUUGCCAAACUCAAAUUUAAAUCUACUAACUUCAGAAUCUACUUUCUUCAAAACUUAUCCAUGCUAAAUCUUUUUCAAAUGAACAAUAUAUUUAAUGCCAAAGGAUCAAUGCUCGCUCUUGUUCUAUCAAGCUCUCCUUCUCCUAUUGCCUCUGUAUACAUUAAUCCUAUUGUUCAUAUUGACAUCUGUCAUCCUCCUUUAUAUUUAGAUUAUUCUUAUCUUAAUGUUUCUCCUCCAAUUACUUGUUCAGAACUCUGUUAUGAUUGGUAAAAAAGUGAUCAUCAAUCUAUAUUAUCUUAUUUAAUUAAUUCUGAUUGGCCCGCCAUAUUUAAUAGAAGUAAUGAUAUAUCUGAAUUAUUAAAAGAAUAUUAUUCUGUCUUUUAUUUUACCAUAGAUAAUUUCAUUUCAAUUGAAAUUUUUUUAGUUCUAAAUUUCUCAUUUGGUUCUAUAAACAGUUAAGAAAUUUAAUUAAACAAAAAACAUUAUCAUGCCAUCUUUAAAUUAUCCAUAUCUAAUAUUGGUUAAUUAAAUUUUUUAUUAAUUCGAGCUCAAUGUAAAUUACGCAGCAAACAUGAUUAUGUUUGCUAUUUUAAUAAGAUGCAAUAUUCACUUAAAUCAAAUUCCAAGCAAUUUUGGUCAUUUAUUAAGAAUUUAAAAGGUUCCACUAGUUUUCUGAAUUCCUUGUUCUUCAAUAACGAAGUAGUUGAUGGUGGUCAAAUUAUUAUUGAUUUAUUCAGUCACUAUUUUGCAUCCACAUACAAAACAGUUAAUUUACCACCUUUUACCAGUCCUGUUAUCGAAGCCUUCGAAAUUAUUAAUAAUUGUUCCAUAAGCAUCCUAGAUGUCUUCAAUGAACUCUAUAAUCUUAGUUCUAUGAACUGUAUUGAACCUGAUUAAGUAGCUUCCUGUUUUCUUUAUAAUUGUAGGUUUAUCCUCAUUGUAUCAUCUAUCUUUUUAACACAUCUUUAUAAACCGGAACUUUCCCAACUGUGUAGAAAAAUAAUUAUAUCACUCCAAUUUUUAAAAAAGGUGAUAAAUCUUUAGUAACUAAUUAUCGCCCAAUAUCUAAAAUUUAAUUUAAUUACUUAUUUAUUUAUAAAAGUUAUUAUGCAAUUCAUUUAUAACAUAUUCUAAAAACUGAAUUGCUUUGUGUCUUAUUUCAGAUGUGAUGACCCAUUUCUGAACAGACCAAUCAAAGAAGAAUUCGUAAUUGAUGACACCACAUAUAACUAUAAUGAAAAAAAGCCGGUGCAAAUAGAGUGAGUAUUAUGUAAUUUAAUAUUUUACUAUUGUAUUGUAGAUAUAUGAUGUAAAAGAAUAAUAAAAAGUGGACACAGCUUAGGAAUGCUGCUAUUUUCUCCUCGACCUUACAUUGAGAAGUUAAUAAUAAUCCAUAGCGACUUAGUGAUGAGAGUGAUAGAUUAAUUGUUUUCAUUUAAUUCUCAAGUUUUUCCACCAAUCAUAUUCAUGUCAUCAUGUAAUUGUGUAAAAGUUACAGUACAAAUUAUUAGAUUAUGAUUUUAUUAAAAUCAUUAUUGUCAACAAUCGUUCAUCAAUAAAUAAUAUAAAGAAGUAUACUGUUUAUAUAGUAUAAAUAUGUCAUUAAACAGUUUAAUAUUUUAAUUAUUCAUAAAAUUUAACUAUCAAGGAUAAUUGUAUUGAUUUUUUUCUAUUCAGAGGUUUUGAUUUGUUUUAUACAGGUGUCCCACAAUGAUCUACCACUUGAAAUAACUUUUAUUCUAUUCUGUAUUUUUGAUAUAUUUUUUUUUUAAAUAAUUAGUUUGCCUCUGCGCUACAAUUUAAAUAUGAACAUUUUUUUAGGACAAAGUUGAUUUGAAAUAAAAAAUUCUAAAUAUUACAAUCAUUUUUUUAAAAAAAAAAUUCAAAAUAGAUAUUUUUUUUAAAGUAUGAUCUUUUAUUUUCUACACAUUUUCAAAAAUUUGAAUAAUUUUCUUUUCAAUCAAAACAAUAUUGUUAUCAACAUAAAUCACCAUUAUUAAUUUAAUUUUCCGAUACCCAUUACCUAUAAUAUGAUAUUAUUAUUUCAUUAUUUUUUUAUUGUUUACGGCCUUUUAGACUACAUAUCCAAACAUAACUGUCUCCAUCCAUUAUAAUUUUGCAACAAUAUGCGCCAAUCUUCAUCCAGGUAUAAGUCUUGUACAUCUUUCUUGACACGAUUCUCCCAUCGCAUUUGGGGUCUUCCCAAUGGUCUUUACCUCUUGAAUUCUCAUCUAGAACUGUCUUUAUCAUGGCUUCAGGUUUCCUUCACGUGUGACCUGCCCAUUCUAGUCUUUUCCUUUUUAUCACACUUACUAUAUCCGGUCUGUUGUACAGGUCACAUAACUCCUUAUUGUGUCUCUUACGCCAUUCUCCCAUUUGCAGAUCACGGCAGGAUCAAUAAAUCCUUCUUAAUAUUUUUCUCUCAUAAACCCUCAGUUUUAACUCAUCACAUUUCCUUAAAGUCCAACAUUGCGUUUCACACAAUAAGUUGGAUUUUAUUUGAGUAAAUUAUAGUUAGACGUUUAGCUUCUUUGAGUGUUUUUGACUUAAAUUAGUUACCCAAGGCAAAAUAACACUUGUUGCCCAUCUGAAUCUUAGUCUCUCAUACUCCAUGUUGUUUGAUUGGGUGAUCAUUAUACCAAAAUAUUUUAAUUCUUUUUUAAAACUGAAGGAACCUUUAAGAAUUCUUCUAUUUGUCUUUCAUCCCGUCUUUUUCUAAUUUUCAUGUAUUCUGUUUUCCCUUCAUUAAUUUACAAUCCCGCUUUUUUGCCUUUUCCUAUAAAUCUUACGCAUAAACUUUUCACUGUAUUUUGGUUGUUUCCUAGAAACACUAUAUCGUCUGCAUAUGCUAACAGACUUAUUGAUGUUCCAUCCAAUUUUUCCCCUUUAUCUGGUCCAUUGUUCUAUUUUUCUAGAACCAAAUUAAAAAUAAUUGGGGAUAGUGUAUCACUUUGCCGGAGGCCUUUGUUCACCUGAACCUAUCUUGUUAAUAUAUUACCAACCUUGGCUUUACUAUAGCCUUUUUUUUAAAUUGGCCUUAAUUGGUCUUAUAGUUUUUUGUGGCAGAUGUUAAUGUUCCAAAAUUAUGUGAAUACAUUCCCUAUUGAUACUAUUAUAAGCCUUUUGCAAUCUACAAAGAGUAUAUGUAGUUCUUGAUCAAAUUCCCAAGUUUUUUUUGAAAUAAUUGUCUUAUAAUAAAUAUUUGGUCUAUUGUGGAUAUGUUUCCUCUGAAACUACUCUGGUCGUACCCUAUAAUUUUUUGUGAAAAAGGCGACUAUCCAGAAUGCAAAAAGAUAUUAUUUUAUGAGUCACAUUCACUAUGGCCAUACCUCUAUAUUUUUUACAUUCCUUUUUAUGUAUAGGGCAUAUUAAUGCCGUAUUCCAAUCUUUAGGAAUCUCUUCAGUACUCCAUAUUUUUUCAAUUAAUUUGUGAACCAUUUUCACCAUUGUCUCGUCUACAUUUUAGAAUUUUGCCUUGAAAGCCAUCUUUGUUAGGGGUCUUAUGGUUUCUUAAUCUCUUAAUUUGUGACUUAAUUUCUUGUAAUGUAGGUGUUUUACAUCAGUAAUUAUUGGGUUGUUCUUGUAUAGAGUUAAAAGUUUCUUCAGGGGCUUCUCCAUUGAGCAAUUGUUCAAAAUAUUCUACCCAUCUUUCCUCUAUUUCUGUAUUUAUUGUUAAUAGCUCUCUACUGAGUACUACUGCGUACAACACACAGCUCGCACUACGAUCAUUUUAUUAUCUGAUUACCAAAAUAUUUUGGAAAUUUUUUUCUCAAAAAUAAAAUUUAAUAAAUACUAAAUAAUAUGAUAUGUAAAUUGUAAAAUAUAAAAGUAUGUUAUGUUUUUGCAACCCACAAAAAAACCUCCUUGACCCAAAGUUGGGAACCAAUGUAGUAGACAUUAGAUAGUAUUAAUCAAUCAAAAAUUGUAAUUUAUGUUGAUUAACAAUAUUGUUAUGAUUGAAAAAAAUAUUAUUCAAAUUUUUUGAAAAAUCGUAAAAAAUAUAAGACCAACAAAAGUUUCGACCACAAAAAUUUUUCUAAAAAACUAUUUUACAAAACAUUAAUAUUAGGACAUUAUUUAUAAUAAUUAUUUUAUUGUAAAAACAACUUAUGAGUUUUUAAUGAAAUUAAUAAGCAUUAUCAAAGUAUUAUGAUCAUUUAAUUUUUCAGAUAUUUAGCAUGCAACUCUAAAGAAGUUGAAGAACAAUUAGAUAAUAUUCAAAUUAAAAAAGAAAUUGAUUAUAUUGAUGGUGUUAUAUAUAAAAGUGAAAUUACUAUUGUAACAGAUCCUAUGGAAUCGAAUAUGUAUAAAAAAUUUAAAUUUGGAAAAAAAAGUUAUUCGUGCUAUAAUUGUGGUAAAUUGUUUAAUUCAAAAAAGAAUUUGGAAUUACAUGUAAUGAAACAUUUAAAAGAAAAGCCGUUACUCAUAAAGCCUACAAAACCUGUCCAGUACAAUAUGCGUACUAAAUCAUUUGAACAUUCUACUAAUUCAGAAGUAAGCAUGAGGACUCAUACUGUCCAGAAACCUUUUAAAUGUGACAUAUGUCAGAAAUCAUUUAAUUACAAAAAUAAUUUAAAAGUACACAUGAGGAGGACUCAUACUGCUCAGAAACCUUUUAAGUGUGACAUAUGUCAGAAAUCAUUUAAUUACAAAAAUAAGUUAAAAGUACACAUGAGGACUCAUACUGUCCAGAAACCUUUUAAGUGUGACAUAUGUCGGAAAUCAUUUAAUUACAAAAAUAAUUUAAAAGUACACAUGAGGAUUCAUACAGACCAGAAACCUUAUAAGUGUAAUAUUUGUAUGGCAUUGUUUAGACAGUCAAAUAAUUUAACUGUACAUAUGAGGACUCAUACUGGUGAAAAACCAUUUAAAUGUGAUAAUUGUAAAAAAUCAUUUUCACAAUUGGUCAACUUAAAUUAUCACAAAUUAUUUCACACUGGAGAUAAACCCUAUGAAUGUGACGUGUGUCAAAAAUCAUUUAAACUCAAACAUUCUCUAAAAAUACACAUGAGGAUUCAUACAGGUCAAAAACCUUAUAAGUGUAAUGUUUGUAUGAAAUCUUUUAGACACUUAAAUACUUUAGGAGUACACAUGAUUACUCAUACUGAUCAGAAAUCUUACAAGUGUGAACUAUGUCAGAAAAAUUUUAAAAAAAAAUCAGACUUGACCUUACACGUAUUGACACAUACUCGUCAGAAACCUUUUAAAUGUAAUAAUUGUAUAAAACAAUUUUCACAAAUAACCAGUUUGAAUUAUCAUAAGUUAAGUCACACUGGAGAUUUACCUUUCAAAUGUGAGGUAUGCCAAAAAUCGUUUGGAAUGAAAUCUGUCUUUACCUUACACAUGCGAGUUCAUACAGGUGAGAAACCAUUUAAAUGUAAUUAUUGUAUAAAAUCAUUUUCACACAAAUCCAACUUAAAUAAUCAUAAGUUGAUUCAUACUGAAGAUAAGCCGUACAAAUGUAACGUAUGCCAAAAAUCAUUUAAAAGAAAAUCUGGCUUGGCCGUACACAUAAGGACUCAUACAGGUGAAAAACCAUUUAAAUGUGAUUAUUGUAUUAAAUCAUUUCCACAAUUGAGCAGCUUGAAUUAUCAUAUGUUUACUCAUAUCAGAGAUCUUUAAAAAUGUGAUGAAUGUCAAAAAUCAUUUUGAAGAAACUCUGUCUUAACCAAACAUAUGAUUAUAUAUCUAUUGACCAGAAACUUGUAUAGGUGUGACUUGUGUCUGAAACUACUUGUUCACAAACAUAAUUAACAGUGCACAUAAGAACUCAUACCAGUCUAAAACCUUAUAGUUGUAAUAUUUGUAUGAAAUCAUUUUCACAUCGAGCAAUUUAAAAUGUCACACCGUUAUAGUCAUACCGGAGAUACAUAUUAUGAAUCCGUCAGAAUUUAUUUGGAAGACCAAACGCUUGAAGACUUGUAUAUUUUAGAAAACUUAUGAGUUUGAUGUUUGUUAAAAUCAUUUUCUCAAUUUAAGUACAC